UUGUUCAUGAUUUACACAAUAAAACGUGUACAUGUUUGCUGAAAUAAUUGAACUUUGUCAUAUAAACUGAACUUGACCAUAAUACAAAAGCAUUUACGAUUUGUUUUCUUAGGCAAAAUUGUUUCUUCAAUACAACUUUCUCUGUGUUUAUUUGUCUCAACUAGAUUCAUAAGGCUGUCUUAUACAAUUUUAUGAUAAGUUAGCGUCUGGGAUUUUCCAUUUCAAUAAUGUUUAUUCAAUUACUCGUGAUGCGCGACAUUAAUAUCAUUAAUUGAUGAAAUUGAUUAAAUUUGAAAGAAAAACAUUACCGAGAUAAUUAGAUACAAACAUUGGAUUAGAGACUACAGCAACGAACCAAGACUAAUCGAUUUUAUAACACAUUGGGGCAGAGUGGACCAUGACUUUUUUCUGUUGCUAUAGGAACGAUUAUUGGGAGUAAUAAUAUUCUCAAUUUUUUCUUGUGAAUGAAAUACAUAUUGCCAAGAACGUCUGAAUUUAUGAGGGCGUCUGACAAGGCUCUAAAUGAAGGAUAAUUACAGCCAUAUUAAGGAAUUUCUGGCAGUGGAAAACAGUAUAAGAUAUAAAUGUUUGUUGUGGCGCAAUGUCUAAGGAAGUGAAUGCUUUACUUAAUGUGGUUAUGAAAAAAUAUUACUUUCUACUUCUGUGAUAUGGGAAAGGAAAAUGUAUUCUGAUGAAAAUUGCGUUAAUCUGUUUAGUAUGAUGACCGAUGGCAAAGUGGAUUUUGUAAUUGUGUUAUGUAUAUAAGGAAGGAGCAGAUUGAAUUUCUAUAGCUAGGACAGAUUUAUAGGUUGUCUGAUGUAUACUAUGUAAAUGUCUGACCAGUAGUGUAUAUUGGAGUUGAAAUAAUAUAAGUAUAUAUGCUCGUGUUUUGUGCUUAAAUAUAAAUUGUAAUGCAAUGUCUGUUUAUGGAUAUAUGACAAAUUAGUGUUCUAUAUCAAGAUUGUCUUCAUGAGGAAUAUUACUAUUUUUUUUAUAUAGUGUUUUUUUUAAAUUAUUAUAGACUGAAUUAAGAAUGGCAUUUGUUUAGGUAUAAUCUAUACGUAAGUAUUGCAUACCCAUGGCAACGCAUUGGCGAUCCAGGCCACCCGACGACGAUGAAGCUGAAGUUCCUAUGAGACCAUACCAAGAACUGGAAAUAGAUAAAUGGAGGAUUAUUUUUGAUAAGUAUGACGAGAUUAAAUGCGGCGAGAUCACCGUCUGGGCACUGAAACAACUUCUACAGGAUCCAGAGUUCCGUGAGAUGGCAGACCAACAUAUUCUGCACGUGUUACAGAUGAAAUGCACGUGUAAUAAAUAUACCUAUGUUACAUAUCAGGAAUUUGUAAAUAUAAUGAGCAAUCGAAGAACAUCAAGUUUCAGAUUGGCUGUUGAAAACGAGGGCAGAGUACCAUUGGUUCCCAUAGAUCAUUAUCAAUAUCCGUAUAAUCCAAAUCAACAACCGGUGCCAAACACACUAUUCAGGGUCAUGGUCAAACGAAUUGCGCGGGAAUUUUUGACAGAUGACCUUGACCGGCAGUACUAUGCAGAUAACUACGCGUGCUGUCCCCCGCCUUUGUUUGUGCCUAUCAUUACAUUUGUUGAGGUGGGAUGUUUUCUGUACCACUCUAUGGACAGUGGUAAAAUAACAAUCAAUGGUCCAUUACCAGUAACAAGCUUCUUCAUUUACCGGCCGGACCGGAGGAUCGAAAUCUGGCGAUUUGUUUUGUACAUGUUUAUACAUGCAGGUUGGGUUCAUCUGUUUUUCAACAUGCUUGUACAAAUUGUCGUUGGUGUUCCAUUGGAGAUGAUUCAUGGAUCAUGCCGCAUCGCUGUUGUUUAUUUUGCUGGUGUUUUAGCUGGUUCAUUGGGCACUUCAAUAUUUGACAUGAACGCUGUGCUUGUAGGAGCUUCCGGUGGCGUUUAUGCUCUACUUGCUGGACACCUUGCCAACAUUGUGCUUAAUUACACCAACAUGGAACUAGGGAUCCUUAAAUUGGCAGCAAUUUUCACAAUAGCAAGCGCCGAUGUGGGGUUUGCUGUAUGGGACAGGUACACAAGGAAAGCGUCUGGCGCACCUCCUGUAGGAUACACUGCUCAUAUCAUGGGAGCGCUUGCUGGCCUUACAAUUGGACUGGUUGUGUUAAAAAACUUUGAACAGAAGCUUCAUGAACAUUAUUUGUGGUGGAUAGCACUUGCAGCAUACCUCGGCUAUAUUGUAUUUGCAAUUUUUUGGAAUAUCUUUUAUUAUUGAUAUUUAUCUAAUAAUUGUUUGCGUUUUAAUUUUCUUUAUUAUUUGUCGUCUGUCAAAAAAGUAUUAAUAUCAACAUAAAUGUCAUUGCUCCUGUACUGAACAAAACUUCGACCGGUGAUAAAAAAGUAAAAUAAGUUAAUAUGUUUAAUAUUAAUAACUUUGUACUUGACAGUCAUUUUAAUUUUGUUUAUUCAUGUUUUUGUCGUUUGGAAUUUCAUCAUAUGAGCCGCAUCACGACAAAACCAACAUAAUGUGAUUGCAACCAGCAUGGAUCCGGACCAGCCUGUGCAUCCGCGCAGUCUGAUCACGAUCCAUGCUGUUCGCUUACCAACCCUAUAACAAGUAGCAAAACUGAUAGCGAACAGCAUGGAUCCUGAUCAGACUGCGCGGAUGAGCAGGCUGGUCUGGAUCCAUGCUGGUCUCAAACCCAUUAUGUUGGUUUUGUCAUGACGCAGCUCAUAUGCUUUAAUCAUGUAUCAAUAAACGUCUUC